AUGUCAAAAAGGUGGGACGUGAUCCUGGUGGAUCCAUGUCUGGAAUUGUACAGGAUCCUUUUAUUGUUUUAGCGGAAAGCGUUAUUAUUAAUGGUAAAAUGAGAAACAUCAUGCUACUCCUAACUAGUGUCUUUCAAAUUCGAUACAAAACGCUAUAUCCUGUUCCUUGUGCGUCUGGUUAAACUUGCUGUUUAUUGCGUUCCUAGUUUGGAAUUUAUUUCUCUUAAGUUUAACACAGUGCUGUUGAUUAUGCACUGUUGUAUGGGAUUACUCCUACUGGAGCUACCACAGAUGAGGUUGUGGUCUGAUAUGGGACAAUGUUUUUCAUACCUGUGUAGUUUAUAACCCGACAUUGUGCAUGGCUAUGAAAAUUCAUGGUUAACUUGGCCUUCUGUCUGUGAUUUUGCAUUGUUGACACUGGAUUUCAAGAUGGCCUCCGGGAGCCUAUUGCCCCCCUUGGUGGAGGUGUUGCAGCCGCUCGUGCUGCUUCUCGUGCUGCUGUCGUCCGGGGGUGUCGCUGCUGUGGGCUCGUGCCCCGCUCUCUGUGCCUGCAGGGAAGGAGUGCUGGACUGCAGCCGGAGGAAGCUUUCGGUCAUCCCUUUUAGUUUGCCAUCCUGGAUCACAGAGCUAGAGUUAAGCCACAACCGGAUAACAUCUACCAAUUAUAGCGCAUUGUCUUCUGAAAGUCAGCUACAGGAUGUGAAGAUUAAUUAUAAUGAACUAACAGCAAUUCCAUCCUUUGGCGAAGCUACAUCAGGCAUUACACAACUUUCCUUAGUACAUAACAAAAUUCCAGAGAUCAACACAGAGCAGCUUCAGUUGUAUACUACUUUGGAAUUCUUAGAUCUAAGCUCCAACCUCAUCUCUGAAGUCGGACUUGAUUCAUUUCCUCAGAUGCAGCUCAGAUAUUUGAACUUGAGUAACAACAGAAUAACUACUCUUGAACCCGGGUGUUUUCAGAAUAUAUCCACUUCACUCUUAGUACUGAAGUUAAACAGAAAUCGAAUCUCCAUGAUCCCUCCAAAGAUAUUCAAACUGCCGCAGUUGCAACUUCUGGAGCUAAAAAGGAACCGGAUAAAAAUUGUGGAUAGCUUAACAUUCCAAGGAAUGGAGUCUUUGAAGUCGCUUAAACUGCAGCGAAAUGGGAUCAGCACACUUAUGGAUGGAGCAUUCUUUGGCUUGAUUAGUAUAGAAGAGCUUGAACUAGAACACAAUAAUUUGACAGAAGUGAACAAAGGCUGGCUGUAUGGUCUACGAACACUACAGAAAUUGCAUGUUAGUCAAAAUGCUAUCAGCAAAAUCAGCGCAGAUGCCUGGGAGUUCUGUCAGAAACUGUAUGACUUAGAUUUGUCAUACAAUCAGUUGACCCGUUUGGAUGAGUCUGCAUUUGUGGGUUUGACUUUGCUUGAACAUCUAAACUUGGGAGACAACAGAGUCAGCCAUAUUGCUGAAGGGAUUUUCAAAGGCCUUUCUAAUCUGCAGGCUUUAAGUCUGAAAAAUAACGAAAUCUCCUGGGCCAUUGAGGAUGCCAGUGAACUGUUUGCUGGACUUGACAAACUAACAAAAUUAGUACUUCAAGGCAACAAGAUAAAGUCAAUUCCAAAGAAAGCAUUCGCUGGUCUUGUGUCAUUGGAACAGCUAUGACUUUCUUAAACCUGUAAUAACUUUGCAUCCCCAAACUACAGUUGCUCUGAAAGGAAUGAAUGUCACUUUCACUUGCAUUGCUGUGAGCAGUAGUGAUACUCCAAUAUCAACAUCAUGGCGAAAAGACAGUGAAGUCCUAUACGAUGCAGAAAUUGAGAAUUUCGCCAGAUACAAGGAACAGAGUGGAGAAGUCUUGGAGUACACAACAGUAUUACAUAUUUUUAAUGUCAAUUUUACUGAUGAAGGAAAGUACCAGUGUGUGGUGACAAAUCACUUUGGCUCAAACUACUCCAGCAAGGCAAAGUUGACCGUUAAUGAGCUUCCCUCAUUCAUGAAGACACCCAUGGAUAUUACUGUCCGUACUGGCUAUAUGGCUCGACUUGAAUGCGCUGCCGAGGGUCACCCUACUCCACAAAUUGCAUGGCAGAAGGAUGGUGGUACUGAUUUUCCUGCAGCGAGAGAGAGGCGAAUGCACGUUAUGCCUGAAGAUGAUGUCUUCUUCAUAGCUGAUGUAAAAAUUGAAGAUAUGGGACUGUACAGCUGCACAGCACAGAACACUGCAGGAAGUGUGUCAGCAAAUGCAUCAUUGACUGUAUUAGAAACACCUUCUUUUAUUAGACCUUUGGAGGACAGAACGGUGGCUAGGGGUGAAACUGCAGUGUUGCAAUGUAUAGCUGGUGGCAGCCCGCCACCAAGACUGAACUGGACCAAAGAUGAUGGACCUUUGACUGUGACUGAAAGACACUUUUUUGCAGCUGCCAACCAACUGUUGAUCAUUGUUGAUGCUAGCACAGAGGAUGCAGGCAGAUAUACUUGCAUAAUGUCUAAUGCACUUGGCACAGAACGGGGACAUAUUUAUUUGAAUGUUGUUCCGUCCCCAAAUUGCGAUUCCUCCCAAAGUGGACUUCCAUAUGAGGAAGACAGCUGGACUACAGUUGGAAUUGUGAUCAUUGUUGUUGUCUGCUGCGUUGUGGGUACCUCACUCAUCUGGGUUAUUGUUAUAUAUCACAUGAGGAGAAAGAAUGAAGACUACAGUAUCACUAAUGCAGAGGACCUAACUUUACCUGUUGACAUUCCCAGUUACUUAUCAUCCCAAGGAACACUGUCUGAUCCACAAGAGGGCUACAGUAAUUCAGAAGCUGGCAGUCAUCAACAGCUUAUGCCACCUUCUGCCAAUGGCUACUUACAUAGAGGAACUGAUGGAAUUUAUUUAGAUACUGGAAGUGAAACAGAUACAGACAUCUUCAACCCUACUCUGACAUCACAUCUGCAUGGUAAAUUGGGGCAGUACUCUGACAGAAGUAGCUUUCAUCCUGAGGAUCCUCAGGAAGGACUGACACAGCUUGGAAACCUAGGUGGUCCAUCACCAAUGGUUAUUUGCUCUGAUUGUUAUGAUAAUGCCAACAUCUAUUCAAGGACUAGAGAGUACUGUCCAUAUACGUACAUUGCAGAAGAGGAUCCAACACGAUCCACUGUUGUGGUUCAGAUUCCUAGAGAUGCAAUCAUUGGACCUGUGCAGCACGAAGAUGCAUCACUGUGUAGUACGGUAGCAGACAAGGACAUGUCUACCUUCCUUGUCAAACAUGAAGGGAUGAACAACCCCAGGCAUAGCACACAAGUUAUCAGUGACACUAAUCCCAGGUUGAUGUGGAGUAUGAACCAAGAAGUGGAACAGGGUACAUGCCCUCAAAUAACUCAGCAGCUUGCACCUGUCAGAGAGAAUCAAGCUGUUGAUUGUGAAAAGGAGCACAAUUCACAUGAAAAAAUAAGUCUUAGCAGGACUCAAAGCAUACAGGAGUGUAAAGGCACUACAUAGAAGUUAACAGAGGACAAGGGAGUUUGGCGCAGAAACAAUCUGUUAUUACACUACCUCAGAAUGACAAAAUAUAAUGGCCAAAAUACGUACAUACAUAUAUGUAUUAUGUAUACAUUUGCAGGCUUUACAUACUAAGACAGAAACCUGGUACUCCAAGAACUGGGACAGCAAGAUGAAUAAAUAUUUGGUACGCUUCCUGUCUGCAGUUUCAUAUUUUGAAUGUACUAGUUCAAAGAGAUACAAGUAGGGUGCAUAUAAAGAAGCUUGAUGAAAAGAAUCCGUAUGUGUAGUAGUUACUGUUCUUUGCAAAUUCUUGUUUGCAUUGACUUGCUAUAUCUUGUACCCUGUGGUGAAGGGUACCCUCCAAAAAGAGCAAGAACUUUAAAUGUUUAUUGCUCCACUGUUGGUGUUCUACAAGUAAUUUCCGAGUGCUGUGAUAAUUUCCUAAAGUUUCUGUCUGCAUUGUCAUGUAGAUGGCCAAAAAAGUUUAACUGCUUGUCAGUUAGAUGUAUUUUUUUUUUCAUUUUGCAGCUUGUUUGUUGGUACCUUGAAAUAGCAUCAUAUUCUUGUAUGAUAAUUGUAUACUCCAUACUGUACUUAAUCAAGUUUACACAUAAAGCCAGAUUUGUUUGCAUAUGUUACUGAAUACUUUAUUUUUGAUUUAACAGAUGAUUUUUUUUCAUAUAAUGGAGGUAUAUAAAUCAGAUGUUUACAGCUACCACAUUGGUCUUUCAGUACACGUUUCCACAGCUGUGCAAUUUUUCUGAUGUUGUUCUUUUGUCACUGAUCUUUUAUAAUCUUUGCCACGAUGAUGAUGCCAGGUUCUGAUUUAGACAGUAAACUGGCUAGUUUCAUCUUUUUUGUCCUCCAUGUAGUACAGUGCAGUGUUGUUUGAAGUUAUUUCCUCCAAAAAUGCAGAAUUAGAGUGAUAAGUUGUGCUGCUUAGCCUGUUCUUCAGCCAGACUCUAAUUAUGUACGUGUUCAGUGACUAAGGGUAGUAAAAGUGACUUACUGUGCUGUAAGCUUACCCCAAUUCCAGAAGAUUUGCCCUUUGGAUAAGUGACGUAACUUGGCAUAAGGUCUGCGUAUAAACAUGCUUACACUGGGGACCAGAUUCCAAAAGAUUUGCGGUCAGUUAAAGUGAUUUUUCUUUGGUGCAACACAUCAGAGUGAGCCACUUGCACCAAAAGCAAGUCUUUUUGAAUCUGGCCUUAAGUUUACCAGACAGGGUAGUGGCUUUGGUGUCAAGGUUUCUGCAUCAGAGUUCCAUUGUCCAAAGUUCAGUGCCUACAUCCAGUUAGCAUCCGAGUCAAAUUUGCAUGUUCUUCUCAUUUCAUGGGCAUUUUUUCUGAUUACUACGGUUUCUUCUUUCUUACUCCAUGACAUACCAUUUGAUUGGCCUCCAUAAACUGUCAUACCCAGCUCUUGUGGCAUCGGUAGUGGUUGAAAAGGGACCAGGAGGGUCUAGUUCACUUACCCAGUUAACUUCUAAAAUAAAAUAAAAUUUUCAAGGUUCGUUAUAGUGUUUAAAAUGAACCAAAGUGGUUACAAGAAGUUAACCAUAUAAUAUAUAUAUAAUACAUAUAUAUUCCUGUCAGAAGUAGUUAGUGAGUGUCCUCAGUCUUGUUCAUCGGCCCAUUUCUUAUCCAUAUGAGGUUCUGUGUUAUUCCUUUGUCUUAUUAAAUACAGUCUUCAUUGUGCUUUUUUUUCAUAGCUUUGCUAAAAUCAGGUUCUGAUUUGAUAACUUAGAACAUCAGUCAUUAAGUCAUAUCUAGAGUGUCUUGAGUCCAUGGCACACCAUUACCUUUAGCACAUAAUCUGUCUCGGACCUUGUCACAAAGUAAGCAUUUUUGCAAGGGGACAAGUUCCCCUGUACCCCCCCCCCCAAUACCCUUUUCUGCUUAUCUGUAUGAAUUUUGUAUCAGUUAUGAGAUUGCAGAAAUACGAAGAAAAAGAAACUGUUGCUGAUUUGUAGAAGCAGCAGUUUCCCUUUCUCUGUGACUGCAUGGUCCCUAAGUCAGCAAACCAGCAGUGAAUAGCACUGCUUAGUGAUCAGGAUUUGCGGUCAGUGGCAGUAAUGUGCAGGAGUGACAUUUGAUAGGUUGCAUCUGAUGAAUUGUAAUUCAGUCAUCAGGCUUGAGAUUCAAUGUCCUGUUCCCCUCUGAGUAGCAUAUGGUUAGAUGGUAUGGUGGGGAGGGCAGAUUAGAAGCUAGGAUAGGACCAAGGAGACAGCUGCCUCAGGGAGUGAUCUGCAAAUGCUGAUCAGUUGGUAGUACAGCACAGGCAUUCAUAAAUGAAUGCUAAUCGCUUCAUUUGUGGUCAGGGCUGAAGAGCUUCAGUGCUUCAUGUGGCAUAUGUAUAUCAUUUUGUUUUUUGUUGUUCCUUGGAUGCGAGAGGACAUUUUUUUUUAAAUAGCUAGCCACAGUACUGAGUGCUAUGGCAGCCAUGGUGACUUUAGUGUUAUUCUAAAUGGAAGCUUCUACAUCUUUCACCAAGAAUGUUGCAAUACAUCAGUGGAGCACUGUUCCUGGUACUUGUACAGCUGUGGAAGUGUGGGCUUUAGUGUGAUGUUUUCUUGUGGGAGGUUCAAACAUUCCUUUCAGUAGUACAGAGUAAAGUUUUAUGAGUGACAAUGAUAUAAAUAGCUGCCCUAUACCAUUUUAAUGUUUUUAUUUCCUUGGAUGCUUUGUUUGAUCUGUACUGCAGCAUGAGAGCUCAUUUUACAGCUGAGCACAUCAGACCAGUAGGGUUUUAUUCUUUCUGUUGUUAAAAAUAAUGUAUAUUGUCAUUAAUACAGACAGUAUUUGUUUCUUUAGAUGUCAGAAUUGGAACACACAACAUAAAACAGUAGAAUUUUUUUUCCAGUUUAAUGGUCAUAACAGAAUGCAUAAUCUUGGAACGUGUCUAAUGUUGCAAUGUGCUUAUAUUAUUUGAAAUUGUAAGAUUUCUACAGUAAAGCAGAAGUUUUGUGCCAGAUGGUCAACAUUAGUUUGUUUUGUUUAAUCUGCUAUCUGGGAAAUGAGUUAAUAUAUACAGAGAGCGGAGUUGUAUAUGUGCUUAAAUGUGAUCUGGCAGUCAGUGUAUGUUAAUGAAACUCCUUGUGAAUAGCUUUGAAAGCAUGCAUUGUAUUUUGUUUUUCUGGUUGUGUUUUCAAGUUUAUAUAUCAAAGUGAGUAGUGCCUUGGAUGCAGAUGCUGAGGAAGGGGCAUAACUUAGAAUCUAAGUUAACAAGCUGAAUUAUUUCAGGCUGUUGGGAAUAUUUCCCAAGAAAAGACUAGAGAGAAGAUGUUUUGCAGGUAUGUGUACAGUAGAAUGUCCUUUUUGUUUUGCAAGUUCUUGGCUGCUAUCUGAAUAUCCACCAGAUUUGGUACUAGUUGUUAACAAAAAAAAAAAAAACUUUUCCUAAUGUUGACUGUACAUAAGUACGAUUUUAAGAAUUUGUAUACACUGUGCAUAUAUUAAAUGUCAUCUAUAAUGUAAAUAUUUUUUUUUAUUAUGCUGAACACUUUAUUCAGUAUCCUGGAAUUCUGUUAACUUUCAAAUGAUAAAAUGAUUUUCUGUCUGUUAA